AUGGCGCCCAUAAACCCCGACUUGCAAAACGUCCAAGAUGACAUCAAGAAUGUAAUCCAAGACCUGUUCCAGGUUCUCGUCCAAGUCUCCAACUACGACGCCGCCGGCCGCCCGACCCGCGAUGUCCUCGCCCAAGACAUCCAAACCCUCGACAAAACCCUACACACGCUCCACACCAACGCCCAACACCUGCCCACCCCCACCGCCGACAAGCCCAUCCCCGAACCGCUGAUCCAGUACGUCGAGAACGGCCGCAACCCGGACAUCUACACGCGCGAGUUCGCCGAGCUGGUGCGCCGCAUGAACCAGCUGGCGCGCGGCAAGAUGCACGCCUUCCGCGACUUCCGCGACGUGCUCGCCCGCGAGAUGGAGAGUGCCCUGCCCGAGCUGCGCGCCGAUGUGCAGAUGGUGGUUGGGGCGACGGGGGGAAGGACCGUGGGGGGGGAGGGGGAGGGGGCUGGGCAGGGGGAAGGGGGGGAGGGACGGGGGGAGGGGGGUAAUUAA